AUGUUUCAGAUAACUGUUUUCCUAAGCACUUGUCUUUCUUUGGUAGCGAUUGCACGCUGCACUUGUCCUUGCAAGAAGAACAUAGAAUAUUACAACAUCUGUAUGAAGUCAGCCUUAACCAGCAACAACGCAUGUGGACUCCACCUAACCGAAUAUGAUAUUUGUACGAAAGAGAGAUUAGCGCAUUUUGAGUCUAAAGUUGAAUCCAUCGAGCGCUCCCUAAACAGAACAACUCAUCAUGUCUCAUUUAUGGCGGGUCCUGCAAGUAACAUGAAACCCAUCGUAGGGACUCUCAUUUUUGGCAACGUUCUCACCAAUAAGGGAGGAGCCUACAACGGCAAGACUGGUAUCUUUACCGCCCCCGUAUCCGGAUCAUACUUCUUUAUGGUAACAAUUGGUCUUCCAACUCCAUCCUCCGCUGAAGGCUCGGACUACAUAAGGAUACAUAUUAUGAAGAAUGGCAAAAUUUCCUCGUACUUGUUCAUCGGAACUAAAGGACUGUGGGUCAAACGAUCAGAAAACACCUUAUUGGAGCUUUCAAAGGGAGACAAAGUAAACCUGUACCUGAGAACCACUGGAAGUGGGUUUCCCUACAUCGGUGGAAAAUACAACUAUCCUGGUGCAACUUACAACUCACACUUCUCUGGAUUUCUUAUCAACUGAUGCAAGAUCUACUGAAAUGAAUGAAUAAAAAUGUAAUGAUU